GUCCUGACGUAAGAUGUAACGUUGACAAUGGGGAGCUACAUGCUGUACUUACAGUAGUUAUACAUUCGUUUUCUUAGAUUUUCGGGUUAUUGUUGACAAAGGCAGCAGUGUGAUCAUGUCAAAGCCCACGGUGCUGCUGCUCUAUGGGAGCCAGACUGGUACGGCCCAUGACACGGCCCAGAGGAUCGCACGGCAGGCACAAAGAAGACACCUGCAGUUUCAGGUGUUGCCUCUGGAUCACUACAACGUGGCCAACUUGAUCUCAGAGUCUCUGGUUGUUUUUGUUUGUGCCACCACUGGUCAAGGAGACCCUCCAGACAACAUGAAGAGCUUCUGGAGGUUUAUCUUUAGGAAGUCUUUGCCUGUUGGCUCUUUGAGUCGCCUGGACUGUGCCGUCCUGGGCCUGGGAGACUCCUCCUAUCCUAAGUUCAAUUUUGUGGCCAAGAAGCUUCAUAAGCGCCUCCUGCAGCUGGGAGCCAACAUGCUGCUGGCGGCCGGGCUGGCAGAUGACCAGCACGACCUGGGGUCCGACGCUGUCAUUGACCCUUGGUGCAAAUCAUUUUGGGAGAAAGUGUUUGCUCUACACCCGUCUCUGGCCAGUGUGACUCCACUGAGGGAUGAUGAACUACUCCCUCCAACAUUUACCUUCCACCUACUGGAUGAUGUGAAAAAGAAGACAGAUGACCGGCUGAGGAUUCCCACAGAGCAAACUGUCCCCACACAGUCCCUCCCCUUUCCUGCCAGACUGGUGUUCAACAGGAGAGUCACGGACGUGUCACACUUUCAGGAUGUCAGGCACAUUGAGUUCGAUAUCACUGGAUCCAACAUUAAGUUUGCAGCUGGUGACGUGGUGAUGAUGUAUCCAUGCAACACUUCAGAUAACGUUCAGCAAUUCUGUGAGCUGCUGAGAUUAGAUCCAGAGGCCAGCUUCACCCUCAGGCCCACAGGCAACGCCUCAGUCCCAGCCAGGCUCCCUCAGCCCUGCAAUGUGCUCCACCUGGUGGAGAGAUUCCUGGACAUCGCCGCCGUGCCUCGCCGCUCUUUCUUUGAGCUGCUGUCCACUUUUGCCACCAACGAGCUGGAGAAGGAAAAGCUGCUGGAGUUCAGCUCGGCAGAAGGCCAGGAUGAUCUGCUCAGCUACUGCAACCGGCCCCGACGCAGCGCGCUGGAGGUCCUGGCAGAUUUCCCCCACACUACAGCUGAACUCAAAGCUGACUAUCUCAUGGAUCUAUUCCCUGAGAUCCAGCCUCGCUCCUUCUCCAUCGCCUCCUCUCUUCAGGUUCACCCAGACAGGCUGCAGAUCCUGGUCGCUGUGGUUCAAUACAAAACCAAGUUGUAUAAACCACGAAGAGGCCUCUGCUCCACCUGGUUAUCCAGCCUGGACCCUGCACAAGGGGAGGUGUUUGUGCCUCUGUGGGUGCAGAAGGGAACAAUGAAGUUCCCCAAAGAUAAGGACACCCCUGUGAUAAUGGUUGGGCCUGGAACAGGAGUGGCCCCCUUCAGGUCGGCUCUACAGGAGAGGAGUGCUGAGGGGAAACAUGCCAACGUCCUGUUCUUCGGUUGUCGUUCUGAGACCAAGGACUUCUACUUCAGGUCUGAGUGGGAGGACAUGGUAAAGGCUGGACGUCUGACCCUCUCUACUGCCUUUUCACGAGACCAGGAGGAGAAGGUGUACGUGCAGCACCGUGUGAGGCAGAACGCUGAGCUCCUGUGGGACCUGAUCGUCAAUAGAAGUGCCUGUUUUUACAUUGCUGGGAGUGCUAAAGACAUGCCAACCAGUGUGUGUGACGCUCUGAAAGAGGCGUUCCAGCAGGAGGGAGGCAUGUCCAAGGAGGAGGCUGAGCAGAUGCUGGAUGCCAUGGAGAGGAGGGGCCAGUUCCAGAGCGAGACCUGGUCCUGAUCACACGACCCCAACCCACUACUCCCCAUAGUUAACAAGAAGCUGCUGACGGCACGAUACAAUCUGCUGUGGAACAAAGUGGGUUCACCCACGUGUCGACAUCUGAGCACGGGAGCUCAAAGCCGACACUUCCAGGCUUCACAAAGCUUCCAUCCACAUCUUUAUUCAGCAGACUGAGCUGGCUCAUGGCCGAUCACAUGACCCAGGUUCCAUCCUUAGGUCAACUCUGGUUUGUAUUGAGGUGCUGAGUCGUCGAUCUGAACAGAAGUUGAACCUGCUGCGGUCCUUUUUUUCUAGCAAGAUAAGAUGAAGGACAGAUGGAAGGAAAGCCCUCCUUUCAGCCUUACUUGAUAAUUGAUAUUAAGCCUUUCUUACACUUACUGAACGCAGUCUGUAUGUGUCACUGGAGACCGCCAUGUAAAAAACGAAAAUGAAGUACUGGACUAACUUGAAGAAGCUUUAAACCUGGUGAUAAAUACAGUAUAAUGGACCAAAGUUUCUGCAGAUCUUCUAUGUGGAGUUUGCAUGUUCUCUCUGGGUCCUCUGGUUUCCUCCCACAGUCCAAAAAUCUGCAGCUUAGGUUUAAUUGGUGACUCUAAAUUGCCCAUAGGACUGAAUGAGAGCGUGAAUGGUUGUCUGUUUCUAUGUGUCAGCCCUGUGAUAGUCUGGAGACUUGUCCAAGGUGGACCCGCCACUUGCCCAAUGUCAGCUGGGAUCGGCUCCAGACCCAGCAACUCUAGUUCGGAUAAGCGGUUAAGGAUAGUGGAUGGGUUGUGAAUGUGAGAGAUAAAAUUGUCAAUGUGAGAAGUAAAAUCAAUGCUGUAGUUGUGAAUCAUUUCUCCAAGAGGUAAUAAAGUUGAUGCAAAAUAACAAAGGGUCAAGGAUAGAGCCAUGUGGUACACCAAAACUCACAAUGUCAGCUGGGAUCGGCUCCAGCCCCCUGCGACCCCAGUUCGGAUACUCGGUAAAGGCUAACAGAUGGAUGGACCAAUAGUGCAGCAGUACACUGAGCUGUAAUUGUGACUGUUUGUUAAAUAUAUGACACAAUAAAUCCUGUAAAUCUGAAAACAUCACAAGGCUGCUGUGACUUUUAACUUGUUGUUUGUUGCAAUUCUUGUUAAAUAUAUGUGGAGUAGGUGUCAGACUGGGACUAUUAUUGAUAUUACCCGACUUCACUAUUGUAUCAGCAGAUUAUGUCAAAAUUAUCAAUUUGGUCCCUGAAAAUGGAAGCAAAAAAGCAUCUUGACAGCCAUAAAGCGCCACAGCCAAAUCCAAUAAUUUAAUACACUGUUUCUGGAAAAUGUCUUGAUGUCAUAAACCACAAACCAGCAAAUGUAAUCUUCAUUAUCAGAUGUGCUUAUUAACGUAACUACAUCAACUGUUCUGUAAAACUAAUAUCAAUACAUUAUCAGGGACCGCCCUGUCCAUUAGGUGAUAGAAGCAGUUGCUGGUUAAAGGGCUGUGCAUGAGACUGACGUUACACAAUCAUGAAGUCUUUUGAAGUUUUAUGACUGCUGUCAAUAAGAGUUAUUCAAUUAAUUAUGACACUUUCAAUGCAAAGUUGACUUUGUUUAAGAUGUCUACUUUGUUAU